AGUUAGCUUAAUGGCUCCCCGUAUCGCUGACGUCUAUUGACGCGGUAACUUGCGUGCCAGUGACAGAGUUACACAUAUUUGCUCAUUGAGACAAAAGCUCAUCCAUCCUGUGCACCAGAGUAGCGAAACUUACUCUGCUUGUAGCUCGAAAGCGGUUGUAUUUAACGAUUUAAACUGGUUAACAUCCGUUUAACUGAAUGUUAGCUACCGUUAACUAGCAGCGGUAACGUUGGUGAGCGCGAAACAUUCUAGUAGUAAUGACUCACGCGAUAACUUUACAUUUCAGCUGUAAACGAUUUACAGGGUUUGAGUCGGCCACUUGGUCAAAUUUAGCAUUUAACGCCAAAUAAUGAGUGAAAACAGUUAAUAGUAGACUGCCGGGCCUAGCUAUGUUCCGUAACUCCAUGUUAUCGUUAGUUGCAUUUGGCUAACACGAUUGAACCAAAAAGGAAGUCGAGUUUUGAUUAGCUAAAAUGCACACGUUUAACUUUAGAAGAAACCACUGGUUAUCUCAAAUAAGCAACCGUGAUUUGAUAUUGCCGCGGUCUGUUCCACACUGGUCGUGAAGAGUUAUUUUCACAAAAAUUGCAGAAUAAGCGCACAGGCCACAGCGGAUUACUAUGGAAGAAGUACAGCAGGGCAGCAAUGGCACUGACUCACAGACUGCCACCAUUCCCACUACCAUCACAUCCUCUCAGUUCUCACAGAUAGCCCAACAGAUGUCACUGGGUGGUUCGUCUGUGGCUGUGGUACAACUGCCAGGGGGUCAGUUUCAGGUUCAAGGAGUUAUCCAGUCUGCACAGUCGUCAGUCAUUCAGUCCCCUCAGGUGCAGACUGCACAGAUCCAGGAUUCAGAUAGUGAAGAUUCACAGGACUCAUCAGACAGUGGAGCAACAACCCAAAAGACCAGAGAAAUACUUGCAAGGCGGCCGUCAUACAGAAAAAUCCUAAAUGAGCUUUCAUCUGAGGAAGUGACACACAUUGAGGGAAAGGAUAACAGCCCAGCAUCCACAGGAGUGACAGGUGUUACAGUACCCACCACCCAAAUCUACCAGACCAGCAGCGGCCAGUACAUUACCAUAGCCGCUAAUGGCACAAUCCAGCUGGCGACUCCAGGGUCCGAAGGCAUUCAGGGUCUACAGGCUGUCACCAUGGCCAACUCUGGUGGAGCCCAGCAAAGCACCACCAUCCUGCAGUACGCCCAGACACCUGAUGGCCAGCAGAUACUGGUGCCUAGCAACCAGGUUGUUGUACAAGGUGCAGGAGGUGAGGUACAAACAUACCAGAUCCGAGCAGCGCCCACAUCCAGCUCCCUGCCUCAGACUGUCGUUAUGACCUCUCCUGUGGGACUAUCUCAGAGCAAGACUGAUGAUCCAACACUUAAGAGAGAAAUCAGGCUUGCAAAAAACAGAGAGGCAGCCCGUGAAUGUCGACGGAAAAAAAAGGAAUAUGUGAAAUGCUUGGAAAACCGUGUAGCUGUUCUUGAGAACCAAAACAAGACCCUGAUUGAAGAACUCAAAACAUUAAAGGACCUUUAUUGUGUUAAAACGGGAUAACUUGUUUGAAUACAAGACGAGGAUUGAGACGUAAUGUGGCAGCGGCACAGCUCAGCCGUUUGGACAUGUUGGGGUUUCUGGGAACACUUCAUUUCAGGCUGAGAUCCUCAAGGUUUUGUUUUUUACUCUGUUUGAUAUAAAAGUGACUUAUGAUCGCAGUGAGAUUUACUCAACAAAUAAAAAAGAAAUUGGCUGUUUUUCCACCUGAUGUUUUUUUAAAAAUUUGCUAAUGCUAUAACAUUUAUAGUUGUGUACAUUUUUAAUUCUGGGAGGUUUGAAAUUGUGAGCUUUAUCUUUGAGUCUCAGUUUCUAAAUGUAUCCUUCCUUUUCUCUUGUGUUUUUAAAAAUGUUGCUGUUGGAAUUUUUUUUUUUUUCUAACAGCAUCUGCAGAAUUUUGACUGUAUAAUUA